GGCAACCUCGCUGACGCUCAAGAGCAGGAACCUACUGCUCCAAGUGGAAACUGGGAGGAAAGUAAUGCACACAAACGGACUGGAGCCGAGAAACAUCUGGGAACCUUCACUGACAGACUUUUCUGAACGGCAGCUUCUCGAUGCAUUUAACAAGGCCAAAGUCCUCCAAAGGGCGAAACAGACCGGCUGUAAACAGCAACAGCUCCAUGUAUGCAGGUGAAGCAGGCAGUAUCCAGAGGCCGCCCAGUUCUCCUGUGUGCAGCAGGCCGGACAGAAACCUCCGCUCCCGGUCUCAGCCGACAAUGUGGCCGCCUGGCCAGCUGAGCCAGGAUCAGGUCUUUCACAUACUGCGACACGCUCCUGCAGCUCCGCCACAGUCCCUCAACAAGUACAAGGUCCUUCCAUCCAUAGAGAGGAGGCGUUCAGAGGUAAGUCCGGGGACGAGCCUGGAUAAAAACAUGUCCAGGCUCAGUCUGUCGGAUGAUACUGUGACCCAGACCUGCAGAUCCGAAGGGGACCUCCGAGUCUGGCCAAAGCGCCCCGACGCAGCGCCAAAAGCAGCCGAAGAGGCCAGAGGCAGCGGAAGUCUGCUGCUUGCUGUCAGAGCACCGUGUGGUAGGAGGUUUCAGCAGCACUUUGACCCCACAGACACUCUACAUACGGUGAGGAGCAGCGCAGAGGUCAGGUAUGGAGACAGGUACGGAGAGGCUUUCAUAGAGACCAUGGAUGUGCCCCGCAGGACCUUCACAGACCUGGACAUGACUCUGGCACAGUGUGGCAUCGUGAACAGAUCAGUGCUGUGCAUCUCUCAGAAUAAUGACAGCGAGGUGGAACAUGAGUGAGCUUUGUGGUGGCAUUUAACGCCCCGUUCAUUCACAAAUAUUAUUUGACUUUCAUUGUGCAUAAUGCUGUAUGUGCAGUUUUAAAUGCCGUUUUUAUAUUAUUUUGCUGUACGACGUUUCUAUUAAAUCAAUUAAAACAUGGAUGUAAAAGCCAAACAUGAUCCAAAUCUGCAGCUUACACAAGUUCAACAUAACUUUAAGCCUCCAGUGCACAAACACAAAGGAUCUACUUUUCUCUGUAGUAUAAGACUAUUUCAGAUUUUGUGAAAAUGAAAGGUACGAACCUCUCAAAUGUUGGGUUAGUAUAUAUAUAUUUGGACACUGUCCACACAAUAGAAUCACUGCAUUGUGUGAACAAUUAAAUUAAUAAUUUUUAUACACUACCGUUCAAAAGUUUGGGGUCACUUACAAAUGUUAUUUUUGAAAGAAAGGCAUUUUUUUCAAUGAAGAUAACAUUAAAUGAAUCAGAAAUCCAGUCUAGACAUUGUUAAUGUGGUAAAUGACUAUUCUAGCUGGAAACGACUGAUUUUUAAUGGAAUAUCUCCAUAGAGGUACAGAGGAACAUUUCCAGCAACCAUCUCUCCUAUGUUCUAAUGGGACAAUGUGUUAGCUAAUGGUGUUGAAAGGCUAAUUGAUGAUUAGAAAACCCUAGUGCAGUUAUGUAAGCACAGUAUUAAAAGUGUGAGUUUUCAUGGAAAACAUCAAAUUGCCCAGGUGACUCCAAACUUUUGAACGAUACUGCACAUAUUAUAGAAUUUAUGAUGCUCCAUAAGGAUGUUUUCUGAGGAAAAAUAUAUUUGACUCAGAUUUAAAAAACCAAAAGUUCAUUCAACACUGAAUUCAUUCAGUGACUAAAUCAAACAAAAACUCAAGGCAAUCCUGUAUGCUUUUAAAUAAUCACAGCCACAAUAUCACACUCCGUUUCAGCUACAACACACAAGAGUUUUACCAGAUGGCGAGGAAAAAAGCAAAAUAAACUCUUGGAAUUGUUGAAUUAACAGCGGAAGGAUCACAAUAUGCUUUCACUAUAAAAGUGAGAAAUCAGAGUGUCUUGUUUUCUUGGCAAUAUUUUCUGUGUGGUUCUUUUCUGCCAAAUAAAAUUGUUCCUCACAAUGCA